CAGCAGCAAACAGCAGUGGGGCAUGAGAACCUGGGUGUUCAGGAGAAGGGGUGCUACCCAGGGUGCCCGUGGGGCAGGGGCAUGUUCCUGGAGUGCGGCAUGUGCUGUUGUGUCCAUGGCACAGAGUCUCUAGGAACAACAGGGCACGAGACACAGGAAGGCAGAGGCAUGCACUGAGCCAGCACUAUGGCUUCCCUGGGCCACCGAGGCAGGAGGGGCUCAUCCGGGGACUUGGGCUUUACGUUUGGACUUUCUGUAAGGAAGAAUUUGUUUAAAGUUAGUGCUGGGGAUCUUGAUGACAGAGCCAUUAGUUUCAGGGGGUAGACUGGCUUUCUGCUGAGGACUUCAGGUGAAUCCUGUUGGCUCGGACGCCCUGUCCCCUGCUAUCGCAGGAGGUGGAGGCCGAGUGGACAGCAGAGGGCACAGCUGGCAUCUGACUUCCUGCCUGCCCUGGCUCUGCCCUGGAAGCCCUUCCCUCCUCAGACCCUGGAGAGUCUGUCGAAAGAAGCCACCCCCAGGCCUCAGAAUCGGGUCCUUUAGAAGCUCUGGGUUUCCCCAGAUCCCCAAGGCCUCUGCAGCCUUGGGACCACGGGCCUCCUCGGCCACAGCUCCCCCUUCCUGUUUUGGUCACCUCUGAUGGUGUGGCUCCGAUUCUGGAGCCUUAUUUACCAGCUAUCUGGUUUCCUUUCAAAGGUCAAAGCAGAGUUCAGCACAGCUGGCUUCUGAAGGAGAUUUAGGACAUUUGACGAGGCAGAGGGGUCUCAGGGUCACCCGCUAACUGGAACCUGCAGCCUCAGUCCCUUGUGCCUGUGGAGGGGCCCGCCAUGUCCCCAGAGUGUCUGGUGGGUCCUGCCUGGGGGCAUGGAGGACUUCUACAGGGCAGAGGACCGAUGACCGCCUCCUGGUGAUGGGGCUGUCAGCUGAGGUGAGGGAGGGACGGAGGAGGAAGGGUGGCCUUGAGACUGGAGGACUGGGCCAUCGCGUGAGACCUGGGUCCCUCUUGGAGAGGCCACGGGGAUUCCUGAGGCAGUAGGUCAGCCUCUGCUCCUGUCCCUCCCGAGGUUUCGGGAGGACUCUGGCCUUGUGCGGGGGCAGCGGGGCUGGUGCCAGGCAGCCAGACACAACAGGAGGCUGGGCCUGGGCUCCUCUCAAGUGGGCUCUGGACCAGAAGAGUGGGGAACGUCCCUGGGACGUGGGUGUGGCAGGUGCAGGGCAGUGGCUGUCUAGGAGGUGGCCGACUCAGCUCCUGGCUGCACCUUUUCUUGCCCUCUGUGGGCCACAGUCCCAGGCUGGUAUUUUGGGGAGUGUGACAGCCCUCCAGAGUUAUUUGGUCCUGGCACGAGCCUGUCCUCCCCGCCCCCGGGCCUCAGCUCUCCUAUAAAAGGGCUGAGCCUCGCGCUCCCCUCACCGGGGGUGUGGAGAGCAGGGGGGACCAUGGACUUUGUCAGCAUUCAGCAGUUGGUGAGCGGAGAGAGGGUUGAAGGGAAAACGUUGGGAUUUGGGCCUAAAGUUCCUGAUCCUGGAGGCUGGCCUACUGACUGGAGGCUGGGACUCCAAGAGGCUGUGGCCCGGGAGAAGCAAAAAUUGGAAGAAGAGAAGAAGAGGAAACUGGAAAGAUUCAACAGCUCCAGACUGAACCUGGAGACCGUGGCUGACCUGGAAAACUUAGUUCAAAGACGGAAAGAAAAGCGACUGAGACUGAGACGCAGAGUCCCCCCCAGGGAACCUGAGCCCGUGGCCAAGUCGCAGCCCCAGGCCCAGCUGGAGCCUGUGGACCUGGAGAUGUUCCUGAAGGCAGCUGCUGAGAACCAGGAGGCCCUGAUUGACAAGUUCCUGACCGAUGGAGGGGACCCCAAUGCCCACGACAAGCUGCACCGCACAGCCUUGCACUGGGCCUGUCUGAAGGGUCACCUCCAGCUGGUGAGCAAGCUGCUGGCGGCCGGUGCCACCGUGGAUGCUCGGGACCUGCUGGACAGGACUCCUGUGUUCUGGGCCUGCCGAGGAGGACACCUGGACAUCCUCAAACUGCUGCUUAACCAGGGCGCCCAGGUCAACGCGCGGGACAAGAUCUGGAGCACCCCCCUCCACGUCGCCGUGCGCACGGGCCACUCCAACUGCCUGGAGCACCUCAUUGAGUGUGGAGCCCUGGUUGACGCCCAGGACAAGGAAGGGGACACCGCGCUCCAUGAGGCCGUGCGGCACGGCCACUACAAGGCCAUGAAACUGCUGCUGCUCUACGGGGCCAAGCUGGCCGUGCAGAACGCGGCCUCCCUGACGCCGGUGCAGCUGGCACGAGACUGGCAGCAGGGCAUCCGGGAAGCGCUGCAGGCCCACAUGGGGCAUCCCCGCACCCGCUGCUGAGGCCCCGGACCUGUGGGUCCCUCACAGCCACCAUUCCGUUCCCCUCUCCCUGCAUCGGUGCUCUGCGGGCCUUCAGUGGCCACCCCCCUCGGGGCUCUGCUUCCUGUCAGAGCUGAGGGGCAGUCAGAGCCCUGCAGGCGGAGAGACCCCGGCUUGUGGCAGGGUAGCCGCGUCCCCCACUAGGGCUGGGGCUGGGAAGGACUGAGGCAGAGGACCACAGACAGCUGCGAGCUGCCGUCCAGGCGAGGGCAGGAGGGCAGCGGAGCCCAGGGUGGGGCGGAAGCCGACGGGCCCUGGCCCAGCUACCAGGACUGGGCAUCAGGCCUCCUCAGUGUCCACUGUCCCCAGAGCAGGAGCCUGGCCCUCGCCUUCCUCCAGGGCCAGUCUCCUGUAGGUGGUGAUUCAGAUGUGGCCAGCAGCUGCACCCAGGACACGGGAGAGGCCACUGAGCCAGCCUGGCAGGCAUCCAGCAUUGGUGCAGCUGCCAGCUGCCCUUGGCGGGUCUCCCGGGGCCUGGGUCCUACCAGCCGCAACCCUGGUAGGGUCCGCAGUGGCUCUAGGCACCUCGGGUCUUCCGGACUCUGGAGGCGGGUUCUGGUGGUUUGCAGGGCCCCUCAGCAGGGCGACGCCCCGCAGAGCAGACGCUAGCACCUGCCGGGUUGCUCAGAAGCUGAAGGCUGAGGUGCUGGAGCCACAGUCCCAGGGACCCGUGCCCUCCACCUCAGGGCCCCCUGGGGCCUGCCUGCGCAGCGUUGGCGGCUGGCCAGUGGCCCCCGCAUGGGCUGGAGAGCCUGGGCGCUGGGGAUUGCUUGUGGCCCACCCAACUCUUGGGGCGGUGGCCCACCCAACUCUUGGGGCGGUGGCCCACCCAGCUCUUGGGGCAGUGGCCCGCAACCCUCGUGCCUGAGGCUCUCCCGCCCCUGGUCCUAGAGAGGCCAGACCAGGCCUGCAGCCGCAUCCACCCCCCCCACCCCCCAUCCCCACAGGGGUGCAUGCUGAAGAGCCCUGUGCUCUUUCACGGGAUGUGCCAGCCACUGCAUUCCCACCUGCCAGCUGGUGGCCACGAGGGCCCCUUCCCCAAGCUCCCAGGGCUCUUCCCUCUGUGGUGUGGUGCGGCAAGAUCCCCAGGGUGGGCCUGAGCGCUGGCAGGGCUGGCUCCUUAAUGCCAGAAAGCGGGUCCUAAAGAGCCCUGCCCUCAACUGGGAACCACAGGCUGAGGAAGGGCUGGGACAAGGCCUGGCCUCCUCACGGUCCUGGGCGGACCUCACAGGGCAGACGUUCAUUCUGCAGCAGUUAUUUUGACUUUAACUUUGGUGGCCUUCUCAGGCCAAGAACAAGACUAUGAUACUUACGAGAGGCUGACUAGAGCCCCCCGGGGCCACACCCGUUCCACGGGCAGCUCCUGCCCUGUGGUGACAGCCAGCGCACGCCCAGAUGCUGGGGCUAUGGGCAGACAGGCGCUGUAGACCAUGGCAAUGACAACUCCUCAUCUAGAAAAUGAGGACACUAAGUGACAGACAAAAAUGGCUUUUUAUACACAUCAGUAUUCUUUUGUUCAUUAAAUUGGUUGAUGACCUACCGUA